UGGCGUUUUUGCACUUUUGCCGGUCAGCAGCUGUUCGUGAGUUUGACUGAACACUUCGAACGCUAACGUAAGCUCUAAUAGUUAAGAGUAGUUAGUGGAACUUAUUAAUGCCAGAAAAUACGAGAGUUUCAUAAACAAAAUGUCAACUAAAUCAACAUCAACUCCAUCGCCAAAUCCACUAGCUGCGCUCAGUGGAAAACGUUGGAAUAGUUUGCGAAAUAUACUUGAACGCAAUGGGCCUUUUUACAAAUCAGAUUUUGUACCAUCAAAAGAUAAUUUGGAGUUUUUACAAACAAUAAGCAAAAUAUUGGUUAUCGGUGCGGGUGGCCUUGGCUGUGAAUUAUUAAAAGAUCUUGCUCUAAUGGGCUUUCGUGAUAUACAUGUCAUUGACAUGGACACUAUUGAAUUGUCAAAUUUAAAUCGCCAAUUUCUGUUUAGGCGCAAGGAUAUAGGUUUAUCGAAAGCAGAAUGUGCAGCAAAGUUUAUAAAUGAGCGCAUACCAACAAGUCACGUCACUCCUUAUUUUUCAAAAAUACAAGAUUUCGAUGAAGAUUUUUAUCGCCAAUUUCAUAUAAUUGUUUGCGGCUUAGAUUCUAUUGUAGCACGUCGUUGGAUUAAUGGAAUGCUGUUGUCAUUGCUAGUUUAUAGUGAUGAUGGGAAUAUUGAACCAUAUUCAAUAAUACCAUUUGUCGAUGGUGGCACGGAGGGUUUCAAAGGAAAUGCACGUGUUAUAUUGCCUGGUUAUACGGCAUGUAUUGAAUGUACCUUGGACUUGUUUCCACCACAAGUGAAUUAUCCGUUAUGCACAAUUGCCAAUACGCCACGUUUGCCAGAACAUUGCAUAGAGUAUGUUAAAAUAAUACAAUGGGAUAAAGAAAAUCCAUACGGUACUGCACUUGACGGUGAUGAUCCUGCUCAUAUCACAUGGGUUUAUGAACGUGCAUUAGAGCGCGCCAAUCAAUACAAUAUUGUCGGUGUAACUUAUAGAUUAGUUCAAGGUGUUAUUAAGCAUAUAAUUCCAGCUGUAGCAAGUACUAACGCAAUAAUAGCUGCAGCGUGUGCAACUGAGGUUUUCAAAUUUGCUACUUCUUGUUACGACAACAUGUGUAAUUACAUGAAUUUCAACGAUUUGGAUGGAAUUUACACAUACACUUAUGAGGCGGAAAAAUCUGAAAAUUGCUUAGCUUGCAGUAAUGUUCCACAGAAAGUUUGUAUUGAUGAUCCAAAUACUACGACAUUGGAAGAUUUAAUAAAGCUGUUGUGUGAAAGUCCACGUUUUCAAAUGAAAAAUCCAGCUAUAACUGCUGUGAUUGCUGGAAAAAUUAAAACGCUUUACAUGUCCACCAUUAAAAGCAUAGAAGAACAUACACGCUCAAAUUUGACAAUGUCACUGGGUGAAUUAGGCUUACAAGAUGCGCACAUGUUACAAGUAUCUGAUCAAACAUCACCAAAUACGAUUAGUUUGUGUUUAAAAUAUAAUAUUAAUGAAGUGGAUAUGGCAUAAUAUGUAAAUUUGAAACUUAAAAAAAUAUAUUGUGAUAAGUUAAGAAAUGUUUUGAGUAUAUAAAUUGGUUAAAUGUUAGUGUUGUGCUGUUCAUGAUGUCACAAAGUUACAUACAAACAACAUUUAAGUUUUCAGUUUCAUUUAAUGCAGUAACACAAAUAUGUAUAAUUUAGAA